AUGCCUUAUACUCCCGACUCUAACGUCAAGCAUUUAACCAGCUUGGAAGAAUUAAACGACUUGAUUUCCAUUAGAGACAAGCUUACGGUAGUCGAUUUCCAUGCUCCUUGGUGUGGUCCCUGCAGAGCCUUUGAACCUGUGUUUGAAGAGAUAGCUGAAAAAGUCCCAGAAAUUCAAUUCGCUAAGGUCAACAUCGAAGUCGCCAAGGACAUUGCCUUGAGAUACAAGGUUGCCUCUUUACCCACAUUUAUCUACUUCAAGAAUGGCAAGAAGGUAGACAUCCUGGUUGGAGUUGGAGGUAAUAGAUUGUUCCAUUUGAUCAAGUUGAACACAGGGUUAGAUAUUAGUACCAGAAUUGUCAAGAAAAUGGACAGAAACCAGAUUGAAUGA